AUGACGAUUUCUAGCGAGCGCAAGAUAGUUACCGUGGUCGGGGCUACCGGCAAACAGGGUGGUUCGGUUGCCAGGUCCCUCCUUCAAAAUCCCGAGUUCCAUGUGCGAUGUCUCACCCGGGAUGGGUCGUCGAAAAAGGCAAGCGAGCUUCGUGCAUUGGGGGCGGACGUCGUGCAGACAGAUGGCUUUGACGAUAGUUUGACCCGUGAUGCCAUCUCUGGGAGCUGGGGCAUAUUUAUUAACAAUGGAUAUUCAAAUACGGACGAUGUGAGAGCAGGCCGGUAUGAACUGGACUUUGGGAACCGUAUUCUACAGAGCGCCGCUGCUGCCGGGAUCGCGAACGUCGUUUUCAGCUCCCAGCCAUCGGCAGAGGAGCUCACCAAUGGCAAAAUUCGCACCCCUGUUUUGGAUGUCAAGGCAUGGGGCGAGGCUUGGGGACGAGCAAACCCAGUCUUCACUGCGUUCACCCCAAUCAUGUGCUCUUGGUACAUGGAAGAUUUCCUCAUGCCAUCAUUCUACCAGGGGUUCGGCGGGUUCCCGAUGGAAAAGGAUUCGGAUGGAUUGUUCACAUUACGGAGUCCGCUACUUGGCGGUGGCGAGAGAGUCCCUUGGAUUUGCAUUGAUGAAGAUUUUGGCGACUUAGUUCAUGGUAUUUUCUUGAACCCGGGUCGUUGGAAUCGUCGCACCGUCCAAGCCGUUGGUGAUAUCCUCUCCUUUGCGGAUGUGGUAGACACAUUCACCCGAGUUACAGUGAGGAAUCAACCGGCACGCUUUAUCGGAUAUGAAGACCCGGAAACGUUCCCAGCUUUCGAGAAGCCCGAGUUGAAAGAGUCCAAAGAUGUAUUCUCCUUCUAUCAAAUGCGGGAUGGUGAGAUAUUCGGGUGUGGAAUCACCGAGUCUCAAACUGCAGCUGAGUUGAAGAGAGCGGCGACACAAGCCAAAAAGUCCUCUGGGGGCCGAGAAUCCCUUAUGACAUGUGCGGAAUGGUUCGCAGACGUCUUUCCACGGCACACGUAG